AUAAUUAUUUACUUGUUGGUGGAUUAUAUGGUGAAUAUGCGUGUCGAAGACUCGAUGCAGAUCCUAUUCAUUUUGGAACAAUAACUACAGAUUCUAAUGGGAUAACAAAUCACAUGGAUAUUAUUGAAUCACGAACAGGAGGCAUUGUCGCGGUGAUAUCAAGCAAUGAUAAAAAAUCUCGAAUAAUGGAUCUCGCAACAUUGAAAUUUAUUGACACUUAUGACUUUCAAUGGCCAGUUAAUUGCACAGCCGUGAGUCCAAAUAAAAAAUUAUUGUGUGUUGUCGGUGAUGAUACUGACACCGUAAUUGCAAGUGCUGACUCAGGAAAAAAUAUUGCGACUCUUAAAGGUCACAUUGAUUAUUCGUUUGCAUGCUGUUGGA